AUCGUAGUCAAAAUGCAUCAUUGCAUUAACAUAACCUCAAAAUUUUGUCCAUAUAAUGUUUUUGUUUACAUUUAUUAUAUUUUCAAAUUUGUUUAUUCUUCAAUUUAAAUUUUACCAUUGCGAAGAUGUUUGCUUCAACGAAAACGAGAAGUGUGGUGAAAUCGAAAAUAGAUAUCUUUUUUACGAUGUUAAUCCACCGGAAGGUUUUAAUUUACGACGAGACGUCUACAUGAGAAUGGCAAUCCUUGCUCACAAGCUGCAAAAUUCAAGAAACGACAAUCUUAACAAAUUCAAAUUGGUCCUACCACCAUGGUCACACUUGGUACACUGGCAAUACAAUGAUGAGCCAGAACAUAUACCAUGGUCCUACUAUUUUGAUAUACCCAGUUUAAAAAAGUUUGCAUCUGUGAUAGAUUUGUAUGAUUUUUUUAAUGUUGUGAAAAAUAAAUAUUCAAAAAUUAAAAUUGAUGAGGUGUACAUCUUGCAACAUUUUGAAGAUAUGUUUGAAACUGGUAAUUUUGAAGAUAGAAUGAGUAUUGAGAAUUGCCAUGAAGAACCCAAUCCUAUGUUUUAUUAUUGUGAUAAUAUGACUUCUACUAGCAUUCAGUGUCUUUCAUACCAUGGUCCAGCUACAAAGUUAACUGAAUUAUUGGCAAAAUCACAAGCUAGAACAAUUCUAAUUGAUCAUGCUGAAGUUGCUCUGCAUGACAUGUUUGGCAAUAAAGAGUACUGGCAGGCAAGAAGAAGUAUGAGGUUCAACAAAGAAUUACGUAAUAUUGCAAAUGAAUUCAGGGAAAAGUAUUUAAAUUCUACAGAUGUUGCUGACAAUAUACAUUUACCAGAUAAUUGGCAAAAUGAAAAGCUAAGAAGAAAUGCUCUUGGAGGACCCUAUUUAUCUGUUCAUUUAAGAAGAAAAGACUUCUUACGCAGUCGACCAAAGGAAACUCCUAGUCUCAAAGGUGCCAGUAAGCAGAUUAUGAAACUCUUAAAUCAAUUAGGACUACAAAACGUUUUUAUAUCUACUGAUGGAUCAAAUGAAGAGUACAACCAAUUGAUAGAAUUGAUUGAUAAAAAAUACAGUGUGUUCAGGUACAAGCCUAGUAAAUAUGUCAAGGAAAAAUUCAAGGAUGGAGGUGUUGCUAUUAUAGACCAGAUUAUUUGUUCACACGCUCGGUACUUUGUCGGAACUGCCGAGAGCACUUUUUCUUUUAGAAUACAAGAAGAGAGGGAAAUUCUUGGAUUUCCAGUUAAAACCACGUUUAAUGCUUUGUGUAAUGAUGCUAAUGUUUGUCCAAAGCCAUCAGUAUGGAAAAUUGUUUUUUAACAUUUAUUCCCUUCAUGAUUAUUUUUGUUAAUCUUGAAAAACAGCUAAUUUUGUUUAAUUAAACCGACUGACUAUUUAAGAUUUAAUAUUGUAUAUAAAACUUCGCUUGUACAUUAUAAUAAAGUUGA